UCAGCGAGUGUCAUCAGCGCCUGCCUCUAAUCAAACGGACUUAGCGAGAGGUACAAAGUUGUCAUCUGAAUUAGGACCAAAUUAUUUUGAUUUUCUUAUUAAAAUUAGGCGGAAAAACGAGCAAACAAUGCGAAACACCGACAUCGAUGCUUUUCGUAUAAUUUAUCGAGCGAAUAUAGAAACCAAGAACCGAUGAAAUAGGAAGUAGAAAAUUUGAAUAGAGCAUAUGACAAAAAUAAGGAUGAAUAAAGAAAUGCCGUUGAGCUUGGAAUGGAUGCCACAGAGCACAUACAUGCACAAUUCCUUGGAUCAUCUGUUGCCAGGAGAUCGAAAUCAGCAUGAUUUUGUAUAUAUAAAGCAAGAGACAGAGACAGAGUUUCUUCAAAAUACAUUGAAUACACAAUCUGUACAAAAUAUUGUAUGUCUGCAUGAAGUCUCGUCUAAAGAGAAUAAGGAAGCUAAGGAACAAAAUAACUGUUCAAAUGUGUCAGUAACACAUACUGAAGCAGACUGUCUGAAUGAAUCUCCUAAAAAAUUGGCUGAAAUUCCUGACAAGUUAUACAAUAAAGGCCGCGUUGAUGUAGUACAAAUGCCGAUGGAUUCAACGACUGACUAUAAGGCAUAUUUUUUUAUUUACGAAGAUCAGCAGUCCAAGUUUGUUGUACUAAAAGCUCUGCACGACAAUACGGCCAAAGAGGUCGCGACGAAACUGUUAGACGUAUGGGCGAUCUUAGGGGCACCACGAGUGCUACAGAGCGGCAAUGGACGUAAGUUUGCUGAAGAAGUUGUAUAUGAGCUACGCACGUUAUGGAACGAUUUCCUCAUAUUGCACGGGGACGUGCCUAAGUGUGAAGUUAGCUGCAGGGAUUUUAAGAGCUCGCUCGAAGCCUGGAUGAGAGAAAAUCCGACUAGGACGUGGCGCGAAGGGUUAAACUUCGUACAGAUCCUUCACAAUACAACAUAUCGUUGUAAGAACGGCAAAAUUCCCUGCGAGUUGUUCGGACGAAACGCGCGCGAUUACUUUUAUGACGUCGGCACGAAGAUAGGCGCGGAGAGUCUGUGGUCGGAGGAAGAAUGGAUUGAACAUUCGUUGAGUGGAAGAAACGAAGAUGCGGUCGCACCGACAGAAGACGUGCAGACAGCGACAUCGACAGAGAACGCGCACCGACAGAACAUAUCAAACGAUGCCAAUGUACAUAUAUCGUAUGAUGGAGAAAACGAGAACACACAAAGCGCACCGAGUCAAAAUGAAUUAUCGAGGAAUAACGAUUUAGACUAUCUCAACCUCAUCCAUGUGAAGAACGAAGUUCUCGCGAACAGUACGCAAAUAACGUAUUCAACACAAGCCGACGAAACAAUCGAAUCGAAAGACGAAUUGAAAAUCGAGGACGCUCAAUCUCUGAAAUGCAAAUACUGUCAAAAGCAAUAUAUGAAACUGGGUCAUUUAAAGAAUCAUAUGAGGAUUCACAAAGCGGGACGGGUGUUUAGAUGCAAGCUGUGCAGUAAAACAUUCAGCAUAGCGAGACUGUACACUAAGCACAUGAAGCAGUCGCACGGGCAAGAUAAGUUAUCUGAAGAGGAGGAGAAGAACUGUGGCGUCCGUAGGAGCACCAGGAGCAACGUCAACGUCAGCACGAAAACCGCACGCGACGAAGAAGAGAAAGAAGCUCAAGCGUCGCGCGAAAUAUCCGCUCUCGAUACAACGAAUGAACGCGACGUGUCAUUGUUGGACGCUGGGGAUUCUUGCGGCAAGCCCAAGAACUCGAGCCCGAGUAGUCGAAAGAAGUUGUCCGCGGACAGCCGUGUGUCCAAGAUACAGUGUACCCUGCAGUGCACAUACUGCAAGCAGCAAUUCAGUUUCCGAAGCGUGCUAGAGAGGCACAUGCGAUCGCACACGAACGAACGGCCGUACAUAUGCGAGGUGUGCAACAAGAGCUUCAAACAGCUGGGCCACUUAAGCCAACACUCGCUCACGCACCACGACUACCGUUCGUUCCAGUGCAUGGUGUGCGGCGUCAAGUUCGAAUCCUUGGAGACACUGAAGCAACACACGCACUCGCACCGUGACGACGCAACCACGCCGAAGAUUCGCGAUGUGUACCGUCUGUUUGAGUGCGACAGCUGCAAGAAGGUGUUCACCACGAAGAGCGUACUGGAGCGGCACAUAUUCACGCACACGCAGGAGCGUCAGUUCGACUGCAAGGUGUGCGGUAAACGUUUCAAGCAGGCCGGCCACGUGAAGUCGCACAUGCUAGUGCACACGGGUGAGCGUCGCUUCCAAUGCACCAUAUGCUCCAAGCGCUUCAGCCUGUCGAACUCGCUGAAGAAGCACAUGUACGUGCACAACGGCGAGAAGCCGUACCAGUGCGACGUGUGUGGCGCGCGCUUUCUGGAGAAGCGCAAUCUCAACGGUCAUCUGUUGACGCACACCAACGAGCGGCCGUAUUGCUGCAAGAUCUGCGGCAAGCGAUAUACCUUGGCGGACACCCUGCGCCGACACGUGAGCGCCGCGCACGAGGACGGGCGGACGUAUCAGUGCGAGAUCUGCGCAAAAAUGUUCAAGCAGUUGGCGCAUUUGUCAGUGCACAAGAAGGUGCACAACGACGAGCGGCCGUUCCAAUGCCACCUGUGCGAGAAGAACUUCAAGCACAAGAACGUGCUGAAGUCGCACUUGGCGAUACACGCGAAUGUCCGGCCGUUUGAGUGCGACGUCUGCAAGGCCACGUUCGUGCGGAAGACGAAUCUCCAGACGCAUAUCUCGUCCGCGCACAUGAACGAGCGCCCGUACGCCUGCACCAUCUGCGGCAAGCGCUUCAAGCAGAUCAGCCACCUGAACGGCCACGUGGUCGUGCACAGCAACCUGAUGCCAUACAAAUGCGACUACUGCGACCGACGCUGCAAUCGGCUGGACAACCUGAAGAAGCACAUGCGUCUACAUACGAAGAACAAAGAGUAAAGAUAAGCGCGAAGACGGUGUCGGCUUUGCUUGACGCGGAGCUGAAUCUCUUAUCUCUUGGAGAUGUACCUUAUCUAGGGAUACUCGAUGUCUCUCUUGAAUAAGCGCGUCGCACGCAAUGGUCGGAUUACAAGCUCGACGUGUUGAUCUCUCACGCAAGAUAAGAAAAGGUUGCCAAGAGGGUCGUGUAAUAUUGUACAUAAUACUUCUCCUUCUUCUGAUGUUAUUGCUUCCGGGUUGAACCCAGGUUCUUAUGAAAGACUAUUUGUUAUAUAAUUAUUGUCGUGAUUUUUUAUAUGUUAAAUUAAGUUUCUAUACUUUGCGCUUUACUUCCUCCAGAGGAAGUAACAAAUUGAAUUUCGAAUACGAAUUAAAUUUUAUGCAUAUGUAGACUGUGGAACAUCCUGUCUGAACAUGUGUGACACAAGAUGUUCCGACAUCUUUAAAGGAAACUUAUAGAACUCCGUACUGAAAACGGGAUAGACUGUUUUUAUACACUGCGUGUACUUAAAGCAGACAGAUAUUUAAUAGAAUGUUGCAUAUUACGUAAUGCAAUAAUGAACUGCAUCUUUUCUAAAUAGGUAUGUAAUGUAUCGAAAUUGUCCUGUCUUUAAAACGGAUAUUUUAAAGAAAGGACUAAACGGCUAAACUAAGAAACAGUAUUUCGUCGCAAUAUUUAAUUUAAUACUCAUUGCUCAAUAAGUCACUUCAACGAUGAUCAAAGCUUUCGAAUACAUUUUGACGACAUCACAAGGCUUUGUGAACUCCCAAGUACAUCUGUAAACUUUAUCGCUAAAGUAUGUCGGAAAAAACAUGCACAAUAAAAGUAAUAAAAAGGCAGUUUUGAUAUUUUUUAUUGUU